AUGGGUAAAGCAACCAAUAGAAAGCAAACAAGGCACAAUCCUUUACUAAAUGAGUUAAGUGCACAUGAAGGUAACUUGAAAGUCCAAAAAAAAUCCACCAUACCUAAUAACAAAGAUGAACAAGAAGAAUAUGAAGAUGAAGAUUAUGUUGAUGCUAGAGAAAGUAGAAAGAUUUUGCAAUUAGCCAAAGAGCAACAAGACGAAUUGGAAGUCGAGGAAGAAUCAAAAACUAAAAAAAAUGAGCUAUCAUCCAUCGCUCGUUUUAAAGUUGAAGAUGAUGAAGAGGAAGAUGCAGAUGCUGAAACAUAUGAGGAAGAGUUCAAUGAAGAAGAUUAUGAAGGGGAAUAUGAAGAUGGAGAAGAAUUAGUAGAGAUAAGCGAAGAAGAUGCCGCCAUGUUCGAUGACUAUUUCAAAACAUCUUCUGAUUUCAACUCGUUAACUGGUUCAUUCAAUUUGGCUGAUAAAAUUAUGGCAGCAAUUAGGGAAAAAGAAGCUGCAGCUGCUGAAAACAUACCAUCUGAGAACGGGGGUACCUUCAACACAAACAGUGGAUCUGGUCCGAUACAAGAAGGUGUUGCAUUACCACCAAAAUUGAUUAAGGCUUAUAUUACUGUGGGGGAAAUUCUAACUACUUGGACUCAUGGAAAGCUACCGAAACUAUUUAAGAUUAUUCCGACAUUACAUAACUGGCAAGAUGUCUUGUACGUUGCCAAUCCAGAUGCAUGGUCUCCAAAUAUUGUCUAUGAAGCGACCAAAUUGUUUGUUUCCAACUUAACAGCCAAAGAAGCUACAAAAUUUGUUAAUAUUGUCUUAUUACCACGUUUCCAAAUGGAAAUCGAAAAUACUGAAAAACAUAAUGUCAAUUAUCAUACUUAUAGAGCUUUGAAAAAGUCAUUAUAUAAGCCAUCUGCAUUUUUCAAAGGUUUCCUUUUCCCAUUAGUCGACCAACGUUGUAAUGUUAGAGAAGCUGUAAUUGCUGCAAGUGUCUUACAAAAAGUCAGUGUUCCCAUUUUACAUUCCUCUGCAGCCUUGAGUUGGUUGGUCCAACAACCAUUUUCGCCAGCAGCCACUGUUUUUAUUAGAGUUUUAUUGGAAAAAAAAUAUGCUUUGCCAUACCAAACUGUUGAUGACUGUGUUUUCUAUUUUAUGAAAUUUAGAAACUUUGUUGAUGGACAACAAGUUCAAGGGUCGGUUCAAGUUUUGCCGGUUGUAUGGCAUAAGGCAUUUUUAGCCUUUGCCCAACGCUAUAAAAAUGAUAUUACUGAAGACCAACGUGAUUUCUUGAUAGAAACAGUUCGUCAAAGAAAUCAUAAAGAUAUUAGUCCAGAAAUUAGGAGAGAAUUAUUGGCUGGUAAUAGUAGAGAAUUUGUUACGGAACCAACAUCUAAGGAUGAUGAUCUAAUGCUAGAUAUAAUUUGA